AUGAAUGCCUGUUGUGGUGCCUGGUCUGAAUUUGUUCCGCUUUUACAUAUAGUCGGCACAACGUCGACAGUACAAAAGAGCAGAGGGCAGUUGACCCACCAUGUGGCGCCAGGCAAACUGAUCUCGAGCAAGUCCGACCAUUAUAUUUACGAGACACUAGUUGAGAGACUAGCUUGCAAGGUGGAAAGCCUGAAAAGUGUGGAGGAUGCUCCAGAGAAAAUCGAUUUUCUAAUCAAGGAAAUUAUGGAAGCCAAAAGACCUGGCUAUUUAUUUAUUCCAUGCGAUCUGGUGGACAUUCCUGUUAGUGCGCUUAGACUGGGGGAUUUGGAUCUGUAUAGGCCUAUGGAAAUCAGGCCAAUUGAGUACUGUGACCAGCUUGCAUCACUGGUGCUCUCCAAGAUUUAUAGCUCCGCAGCCCCCUGCAUGCUGGUUGACAUUCUGACGGACAGGUUCGGACUCAUUCAUGAGGUCCGUUCCCUUGUCAGAAAGACUAAUAUUCCAAACUUGUCCACUUUUAUGGGAAAAUCAGUUCUUGACGAAACUGAAGUUUCGUAUGUGGGUGACUACAUUGGUGAUGCUUCGGAAAAAGAGGUUCAGCAGUUCGUGCAAACCUGCGAUCUGGUGAUUCACAUUGGUGCAUUCAAUAACGAGAUCAACUCCGGAAAACACACCCUCUACAAUGGUGUUCACCCUGAAUCUCUGAUAAUCAUGAAUCACGAGAAUAUCAUCAUCGGAUCGGCCAAGUUCGAUGUUAGUUUUGUCCACAUACUUCCUAAGAUCGUAUCAAAUUGUAACCCAUUGAAGAUCCCGCAGUUUACCGGCAGCAUUUUUAUCUCUCAAUAG